CAUUGAUUUGAUUGAUUAGAAGAAGAAGAAGAAGAAGAUAAUGAAGAGGAGAAAGGCCUCGGAAAACGAGCUCCAGAGCUUACUCGAUACCAUUAAAGCUUCGGAUGUGGUCGAGAGGCGUACUCAACUAAUAUCCCAACUUGGGGAGUUUGAGGUAACGGAUGCAGAUUCUAUACUCCAAUUCCUAAGCGCAUUCUGGGAAGACUUCACAUGCCUCGAUGUAUCCCAGUGCAUGUUAAACAAAACUAUAUUGCAAGUGGCUACCACUUACCUAGAAUCAGAUAUAUCCAAAUGCCCGACUCAGUUUCUUCCUUUAGGAACUAAGGCAAGCAUAUGGUGUAGAAAACACAUGAAGAUGACACUUAUGUCCACCGGUGAUUCUCAAGAAGACGAACAUUAUGGUCUUUUUUUCCAGGUACUCUUGGAUAUGUUAAGCCAUUCGGCAGAUGUUUCAUCAUCUUUGGCUAGGUGUCCAGUUGCCACAGAGAAGGAGUUAAUGUCCAUUGUUGAAACAUUCAUUUCAGAACUCUUAUCUUUGACAAAAGACUCGAUACAAGAGGUUAAGAAAAUUCAUACAUAUGGUUCAGAAGUAUUAAAGGCGUCACAAGUGGUUCUUGAUGCCGUUAUAUGUCUAUGCAAAGCAUACUGCAACAAUGUGAAGUUGGAUGAUGAUGCCGGAACCGAAAAGGAUGUACACACUGAAGUCAAAGGGUCAAACAAUGUGAAUCAUGUUAUCAAUAUAACAAAAUGUGCUAUCGAAAAUUUGGCUGAUUUGGGCAUCCUUGCUGCUAAUGCUGGUGGAGAUUUAGUUGCGGUACUAAAUUUGUCCUGGAAAGGAGUCGUUAUGCUGUUACAGCUAUGCAAGGGGGAUCUAGCAGUAAAGAUAAACAUAGCAGAGAUUAUUCUGUCUCUUAUUUCAUUGGCCAGAGGAGCUCUGAGUCAGGCAAGUCAAACCUGGUCAACGUUGAUCGAGCCGGUCUCUAUGGCUGAAGCUAAAAGAGUAUUCAUUCCAGUUAAAUUUUACUUGAUUAAUGCUGCAAGAAUAAUUUCUCAUUACCCAUCUCAAGCAUUUUCAAUAUCUAGAGAUAUAGUACUUUGCAUUCUUGUGAUCUUAACCUUUCGGAUCUUUUUGGGCAAAGAAGAGCUUCUAAAAUCUGCAAGUGAGGCUCUGGCAGAACUUCUGGAGCCAACAUCAAUUCAUCUGCUCAACUCCUUGUUAAAUUCAGCUCAAUUGGAACACCAGCAUAAAUGCCAAAUUCUUAAUUGGGUGUUUAGUGAUAUUACUGAGUCAAGUUUUGUUACUGGAGGUGACAAAUCAAUGGAUCUGAUAUUUUCUUUGACUUGUGCUUCUAUGCAAGAGUCAAAGCUACUGUUAAUUGGUCGUGUGGCCUUAUUUGUUAAUCUUCUGAGAAGUGCUCCUGAUCUAGAGGAUGAUGUGAAACUCGAGAUUGCCAAAAAGCUGGAAUGGCUAUUGAGUAUUCUUAUAGAUGAAGAUGUUUAUUCAUGUAUUCUUGCUGUGCCAGUACCUCUAUUACAUGGUCUGGGUCAUCAGAAUAUGUUUUCUUCUAUUAUACACUCAAUGAAAACUUUCAUGCUUGUAGCUUCUUCAACUGUACUUUGGGGAGAAGUGGAGUCGUUCUUGCUUGAAAAUUUCUUUCAUCCACACCAUCUAUGCUGGGAGGUUAUAAUGGAACUUUGGUCCUUCAUGAUUCGCAAUGCUGAAACCGGCAUGAGGAAUGACAUCGUUGAUAAAUUGUGCAUGCUACUGAAAACCACAGCUUCUUGGGAAUCAGUGCUAAAUCCCUGUAGCAUUCUUCGAAAACUUGCAAGAUCGAUCUGUAUGUUCGUUAAGCAUGGUUCACAAUGCAUGGCAGAUAGAUUUUUCAAUUUCAUCAUCAACACCAACGUUUCCAAUAUAUCCUCUGUUAUGUGUGUAGCAUUGCUCAUGGAAGGAUUCCCACUGAAUUCUCUUUCAGAUAAGGUCAGGAGUGCUGCUAAACAAAGAAUAGUGACCGAGUAUUUUUGCUUUAUUGAUGCAUUCGAUGAUGACAUAUCAAGAUGCAAAAAUGGUAUGUUUGGUGCACCAGUUUUUGCCAUGUCUGCCGCACUGCAGUUUCUGCAAGUGAAUAUAUCAGACACAGAAUUGAAAACAUUAAAGCUAUUGAGUGAUAUCAUCCAUAAAUAUGACAAUACUAGUGACACCUCAAAAGACCAGUACCUUAAGCUUCUUAGUGAAACUUUAGGGAUCAUCUCUAGCAUGAAGCAUAUAUAUGCAUAUGAUGAAAUGGAAAAAAUAAUUUUGGAGCUUCAAAGGCUUUUUAUCUCAGAUUCUGCUGUCAAAGAUACUGGAUUGUCAAAAUGCAAACCAAAUUUAGCUGCUUUUGUGGCAGGACUUGGUCAUAUCGAAUUUGAAGAGACUCAUAAUAAUUUGAAGGUUUCGGCUUCAUGGCAGCUGUUUCACUUGCUAUUGAAAGAGCGGCACUGGGCCUUGGUUCAUUUAGCACUUACAGCAUUUGGGUAUUUUUCUGCACGCACUAGUUGCAAUGAGUUAUGGAGGUUUGUACCAGAAGAUGCAGCGCUGUCAUUUGAUUUGAAGUCGGGAGUUGAUUUGCAUGAGGGAAGCUUUAUGGAUGAGUUUAAAGUAUUCUUUGAAAAGGACGCAGCUAUCGUCAAAACUACCCCUGGUAUAAACGAGCUUGUGCUGCUCUCUAGAGAAGGUCUAAUGCUAAAACAAAGGAUCCAAAAGAUGAUAAUCAUUGAUAGUGAUGCCAUGGAGAUAGAUGAUACAACACAAACCAAUAAGAAAAGAAAACAUCCAGAUGAUAUAUGUGAAGGAGUUUCAUUGUUGCAGAAUGGCUUGAGGAUAGUUGCUAAUGGGAUUACUUUAUGGAGGCAAAGUCAAUUAGAUUAUUCCGCUCUUCAUGGUGAAUUCUUGACUCACUUUUUACACCUUGAGGAUGCUAUUGGACACAUGGUUGCAAGCAUUUCUCAAACUGAGUAAGUUAUUUUUUUCCUCUUGUAAUGGUUUGCUUAUGCGUUCAUGGGAAUUCUUGUAUAGUAUCAAUAGCAGCAAAUUGAAAAAGGAAUUAUGAUUGUUCUGUGAGUUAUAUUUCUCGUUCUGGUAA